CCCUUUAAACCAGGCACUGCGUGUGAUGUAGCUUGCUAGAUGGUUUAUGUGUGCCAGAAUUACCGAUAAAUCAGACGUUUCAAGAUGACGUUACAACGACUGAUGUCUUUUUUCAUCCUUUACUCGAUUCUUGGCUACAUUCCAUCACUUGGCGUAAUCCUCCGAACCACAGACAAGACUGUGUGGGCAAAUGAAUUUGAACCUAUUGAGUUGACGUGCUUGAUAGAGUCCAUCUCAACAAACAACCCCAGAAUCGAAUGGAAGAAAAUCAAAAACGGCGUCCCUAGUUAUGUGUACUUUCAAAAUCACAUUUCGGGGGACUUGGAGCACAGAGCCCAGCUGAUCCAGCCAGCCAACCUACUGAUCCUCAACACCAGCCGUGCAGACACUGCAGAGUACCGCUGUGAGGUUGCUGCCAUUGAUGACCACAAACACUUUGAUGAAAUUCUAAUCAGUCUUGCUGUCAGGGUAAAGCCUGUGGUGCCCAGGUGCAGUGUGCCUGUGGCGGUGACUGUUGGCACGUCCUCUGAGCUGCGCUGCCUGGAGAACGAGGGCUUCCCUGCCUCACAGUACCGCUGGUUCCGCAACAACGAGGAGCUUCCCCAGGACCCAAAGAGCAGCCCCAAGUUCAUCAACUCCACCUAUUCCAUUAACGCUGACACGGGUGGUCUGAAAUUCCGCCGGAUGAGGAAGGAGGAUGCGGGGGAGUAUUACUGCCAGGCAAAGAAUGUAGCUGGACAUGCACAGUGUCCCACACAGCUGAUGGACGUCUAUGAUGUCGACAUUGUGGGGAUUUUCCUGAAGGUGUUGGCGGCAUUGGCUGGAUUCAUUGUUGUGAUGGUGGGGGUUUGUCAUGUACACAAACAUCACUGCUUCUCCUCCGGCAAGGAUCACACAGGAACCAACUACAAACUUCCAUCGCAGGAUGAUGGCGUUGACUAUGCCGAAGCAGAUGAGGGUCACUUCCGUCACAAAUCAUCAUUUAUCAUUUGACAUCUGAGAUCAAUGAGACACACUGAAGAGGAGACCCACUGAAGUCAAAAGUGUGCCAAAUCCCAUAAUGGGGCUUCGUGUGAGAAAUGUGAGCUGUAACAUUUCACAUGAACCAACAAGCUUGCCAAAGUUAUCAUAAUGAAAAACAUCAAUCAUUAUUUCAAUUUUGCUUUCUGAUAGGCAACUGCAACGUCAUGUCCCUAUUAGUACACUGUUUACUUUUUUUGUAGCACAUAUGUAUUGCUCUCAAUCAAUACUGUAAUUAUUACAGUACGAUUUUUUUUUAAAGCUGUGACUUUUGAACUUCCACCAGCAUGUUCAUCUUAACUGAUGCUGGAACAUUCCCCCAUACUGUUUUUAGACAAACAAGGUUUUUUUACUUCCUAAAAUUUCUACAAGAGUACAACAAACCUGUUUUAAAAAAAACAAUAUUUCAUAAUCUCUGAAUGCAAGCUGGACUAGUUUAUGUUAAUAUGAAGGUAGGUUGUUUCAAUAGUUUUAUAUAUACACUACCGUUCAAAAGUUUGGAGCCACGUAGAAAUGUUCUUGUUUUUGAAGAAAUGCAUAUUUUUUGUCCAUUAAAAUAACAUCAAAUUGA